GCAAAAACACACAAGCAACAACGCACGACCACAACAGGACAACAGGAGAGACAAGAUGCAAGUCGUGGUGCUUGUGGUGAUGAUGGUGAUGGUGUUGGAGGCACCAUGUGCGACGAUGGCACAGCAGACAGGACAUGCUGUGUGUUCAGUGGAAGACCACCUCCACCACAACCACGAAGUGAAGUGCUCAUACGAGCACAUUGAGCGAGUGCGCGCAACGAAUCACAUGGCACUGGUCAUCGACGUUGGUCGAGCAGCAACCACUUUCCACGUCCUCGACAUCCAAACUGAAGGGGAACACGUUUCCGUGACAGAUCUGACAGUGGGCGACUCGGGGCAAGUAAACACAGACCUUGUCUUCCAGAUGUCCAUAACACACUUUCCCGAGAGCAAGUACCCAGCGUUUGUGCAGUGCCUGCUGAACGUGUCGCAGCACAUCAUCAAGCCCAAAUACCACCGACACACGACGCUGUUUAUCCAUGGAACCGGCGGCGUGCGCCUGCUCACGCAGUAUCGACAGGAUGAGUUUGUUGAGAUCACUCGAAACGUGUUCUCCGCAAGCGACUUUAUCGUGCGCCCGCAACACAUCGACGUCAUCCAAGGCGGCCUUGAGGCUGUGUACACGUGGAUCUCCGGGAACCUUGACAGGCGCGACGCAUCUUCGGCUGGCGUCAUGGACAUUGGUGGCGCGAGCGUGCAGAUGGCAUUUGACAUUUCAGAGACAAAACUCGCAGGGAAACCUCUAUUUCCGGACUCGUUCCUGUUCCACACGCGGCUGCGCGGACAACACCGCCGGCUGUUUGCCUCGAGUUUCAACGACGUUGGCCUGGAGGCAGUACGCUGUAGGCUCGCUGCCUUCAACAGCACCACAUCUCCCGACAGUGCCGGUGGUGGCGUUGACCCGUGUCAGUCCCACCACGGGCAGCCGGUGGACUUCCACGCGUGCACGCAGGCAAUCCAACGCAUUCUCAAUUCGUCGAUCAUCGAGAUUGCUCACUUCCGGAUGUGCAAUGUGUGUGAAGCAUACUGCUACUGUAGCCUGUCUGGCGUUGCACAGCCGCGUAUUACCUCAGACCUCCCCUUCACCUUUUACGGCGGCCUCUCACAAGUAACAGCUGCGAUAAACUGGGGACCGGGCGUGACGCUGCAAUCGAUUCAGGACCACGCUCGACGCGUGUGUGCCCGCGAGACAUCGCCGACGCCAGACGCCGCUACAGGGGUGCGUUGCAGCGACUUCAUCUAUGCGUAUGAGCUGUUGGUGACCGGCUUUGGGUUCAGCGCAAGCGCGGGUGCUGACGUCCUCUUUUUCAGAGACAUUCCCUCGGGCUGGAUUCGCGGCUCUGUCUUCACAGCGGCACAAAACAGCGCGUCAUCCAGCGUGCCCUACCUCAACCCAGCCAUCACUGCCGUCACCGUCCUCGCCUGUCUCAUGGUCGUCGUGCUCGGGGUGACAUGCGUAUGCAUUCGAAAGGAUGAGGCAUCACCCAUACUCCCUUUCAUGGGGAACCAGAAGCAAAAUGGUCACACUCUCGUUGAUGAAGCGAGGCCGCUCGUGGUCGAGGGCAUGAGCGCGUGCAGCGACACAGAAUGCGACGACGACAACGACUGUGACGACGACGCGUGUGAUGGUGACGAUGAUUGCGAUGCGGAAUGCAACACGCGGGAUGACAGCUUUUCGUUUCCCGGUACAUCGGCGUAAACGUCCAGCAAGGGGCAUGGCGGUGAUUUACUGGCUGUUACACCGCACCACAUCACAUCACAUUCACAUUGUCACAUCACAUCACAGUGUCACAUUCACAUUCACAUUGUCACAUUCACAUCACACGUCUUCUUCACUCGACAACUUGCUUGCGUUAUGGCACACGUUCUCAGCGGAUGGAAAUGGGUGGUGAAGGUAUUAUUGGUUGCGGGUCUGUUGUCUCGGGUUGCUUGUUGUGUGUGAUGAGAUGGUUCCUCGUCUCCUCUUGUUUGCAUGCUUCCACAAGUGACAGGUGUUGUCACGUGGUUACAUUUGCAUGUGUUACAUUACGUCUAUCUGCAGCCAUGUACUUGUUAUGCAAACGCUCUCAUGGCGUGCAUUCGAACACACCCAUCAAAUAAACAAGCCAAUAUCUGC